UAAAGGGCUUCUCGGCAGGCGCACCCAGAACCAUCUCCUUCUCUCUUCUCCACCGCCGAUUCGAUGCCUGCGAGCCCCUCCGCCGCGGCCCGCCUGAGAACCCCAUUCUCGAUCGGGAGCUCUCGUUGUCUCCGGGAAGAAGGGGAGGGAGGCUGCCCGAGAUUCCUCGCCCCCUUCUCCAGAUCCAGCAAUUGCAUGACCUAGCCCUAGCCCUAGCGAGCGGUGUCGGGGCUCUCUUUUUUUUUUUUGGAUGGCGCCCGCUCGGAGGAAGGGAUCCGCAAGAGCAGCAGCCGCCGCCGCCGCCGCCCAGCAGCAGUGGAAGGUCGGCGAUCUUGUCCUCGCCAAGAUGAAGGGCUUCCCGGCAUGGCCGGCCGUGAUUAGUGAGCCGGAGAAGUGGGGCUUCUCAUCUGUUCGGAAGAAGCUGCUUGUCUACUUCUAUGGAACUAAGCAGAUCUAUCUUAAAAAAGAUCAAAUUGGUACAGCAGUUCUAUCAGAGCCUUCUGCAACUAUGCUGAUAUUGAAGCUUUCACGGAGGAGAAAAAGAAAGCUCUUUUAGUUAAGCGCCAGGGUAAAGGAGCUGAUUUUGUCCGUGCAGUUGAUGAAAUAAUUGAUGUCUAUGAAACUUUAAAGAAGCAGAUCUGUGAUGAGUUUAUUUCGAGGGAUGAGAACAUUGCACCAAAUGAUGGAAAUUUGGAAACUAAUAGAAGUAAUUCUUUUAAAAAGAGCCCAGAACAUAGUUCUCAUAUUGCAGAUGACCAGAAGUCAGCUGCCAUAUGUGCGAUAGCAAGCCAUGAUGUAUUCAGUUCUGAAGAAAUUUCUGCAACCUCAAAGGAAGGCAAUCCUCACAAUUUAAAUCCUGCAAUUGAUGAGCCAGCUGAGAGGGUCUCGAUCCUUGAUCAACAUGAGCUGAGUGCUUUGGUUACUAUUACAACUUCAAGGAAAAAGAGAUCGAUAGAUGCUCCACCCCAGAGUUUUAUUUCUCAGAAAAGAUUAACAUCCCUUCGAAGGUCUAGAAAUUGUACUGGUGAUCCCCCAGAAGUUAAAGAGUCAGAUAUGCUACGUAAUGAUUCUGACUCAGCUGGUGAUAAUGUGACUACUGAUGGAGUGCAGGAAGAGUCUAUGAUAAAUAAGAGUGCUGAAAACAUGCCAUAUACCUCAGAUUUCCAUGAUCCGGCUGUGCCGGUUACUGCCAGUUUGCCUAGAAAUGGUAGCAGAGAGGAUACUAUAUCUGAAAUAGCUGCAACAAAAUAUGAAGCCAAUAAUCUGAAUGAAGAGGCUGUACUUGAUCCUAGUAAAAUUGAAGUCACUGCAAAUGGGUGCCUGGAGAAUGAAGUUAGGCAGAAUGGCCAACUUGACCUCCCCAUGAAGACGGUGAUCUUUAGGAAAAAAAGGAAACCAAACAGGAAGCGGGCAUCUAAUAGUACAGAAUGUGCUAGAUUGGACAAGUAUACACAAGUGCAGGUUGAUCCAAGUCGAAGCUGUACAGUCUCUCCAAAUUCUCGUAGCGCAAUAAGUGAAAUAGAUCGUAAAGCAGAUGGAGACAAACACCUUCCUUUGGUGAAAAGAGCAAGGGUUCGAAUGGGUAAACCACUUGUAGAGGAGAAACAGUUUGAUGAUCUUCUUGGCACUAAUGACAAAUCAGAAGUGACGGUGAUGAUAAAUAAUUGUGAUAAAUGUUCUACAUCCACCAGUCCUGGAAAUAAUUGUCUUCCCAAUGGGACAUCUCUAGGGGUCAAGGAAGACUCAAAUUCAUCCCCAAUAAAUGAUUGUUCUCUUCCUUCAGGAAGAGAUCUUAUGCUAUGGAAGUCUAAAAAGUAUCAAUUGAAGGGUUUUACAUUAGAUGUUGAAGCAGCUUUGCCUCCAUCAAAACGUCUACAUCGUGCUUUGGAAGCUAUGUCCGCCCAUGCUGCUGAAGCUACGGUUGAUUGUCCUGAAGCCCCAAGGGCAAUGGAAAUGAUGCCCAAUGGCUGCAUGGUAUCUCCCAAGACAAGUUCUCUCCAUCUUUCUCCUUAUGGGAACAUUGAGAGCGCGGCAAGAUUGCAUGAUACCCACUCUUCUGAAUGUAUUGCAUUUAACAUGAGUGCAUCUGGAUUGUGCUCACAAAAUUUGGAUGCACCUACAAUGGCUUCUUCAGAAGUGAAAACUGAUGACAUCAAUUCUGAAGAUUUAAGGAAUCCUCAGGAUAAACAUUGCAAUGAAAUCCUUGUGGAUGUUAAAAGCUGUGAUAGGUCAUCUAUGUCUAAAAUAGUUGACGCUGAUAUACAUGACAAGAUUAUGCAACCUUGUUCUUUCAGGUUAACUGAGAAGAAGUUUAAUCUGACUAACUGUGAAGAUAUGCCUGAUCAAUUAUCGUCAUCUUUAGGAAAAGUAAAUGGGAAUGAGAUUCUGCAACCAGAAGAGAAAUGCCCGCAUUCUCCUAUGGGCAAUAUAAGUGGAGACCAAACAGCAGAACCAACCACACAGAUGCCAACCUCUGUUUUGAAUACUAAAGGGAGAAGUGCUUCCUUCUCUCCUUUUGGAGCUUUCAUGAUUAUAUCUACUACAAAUGGCAGUUCUACAAAAAGUGGGACAUCUAGGCCUACAAAGUCUUCUAGCAUUCAAUCCGAUGAAGACGCUCAAACCCAUGACAUGGAGGAUGUUGCAAGGGAAGUCAGAUGCAGAGUAACUUCAAGGGAUCAGUGUAUUUCUCCUGAUUUGACACCCAUGAAAGAUUUGAUUGCUGCUGCCCUGGCUAAGCGACUUUCGUCUCGGUCUACUUCAUUGUCUGAUAACUCUGUAGAUUAUAAGGUUGAGGCUGUGAUAAGUCCAUUUUUAGGCUAUAAGGAAGAUUCUUUUGGAAAAGGUUCACCUUCAAAUCCCAUGAUCAAUCAUACAUCUGCUAUAGAUGAUAGGCUUCAGCAUCUAAGAAAUAGUAGCAGAAGUCCUCCUGGUGGUCUGCGACAGAAAAGCUUAAGCAAAUUAACUGACUAUGUAGAAGCAAAUGCUGCAAGGAAAUCUUUUGAAGCUUUGCUUUGUAAAUUAACAAGAACAAAAGAGAGUAUAGGUCGGGCAACACGCCUUGCUAUCGAGUGUGCUAAAUAUGGGAUUGCUGGGGAGGUAGUUGAUAUUCUUCUUCAUACCCUGGAAAGAGAGUCUAGCUUGUACAGAAGGGUUGAUCUAUUCUUCCUUGUAGAUUCAAUUACUCAAUGUUCGCGAAGUCAAAAAGGUGGAGCUGGAGAUGUUUACCCCUCUAUUGUCCAAUCAGUGCUUCCACGUUUGUUAUCUGCUGUGGCACCUCCUGGAAAUGCAGCACGGGAAAACCGCAGGCAAUGCCUCAAGGUUUUGAGAUUAUGGCUGGAGCGGAAAACCCUUCCAGAAUCAACUAUACGCCAUCACAUUCGAGAACUUGAUUCUAUAAAUGAAGCAUCGUUUGCCUGUGCUUCUUCUCGACGUCCAUCAAGAACUGAGAGGGCUCUUAAUGAUCCUGUCAGGGAGAUGGAAGGAAUGCUUGUUGACGAGUAUGGAAGCAAUACCAGUUUCCAACUUCCAUGCUUAUUUCGUACUACUUUGCUUGAAGAUGAGGAAGCAAGUGCUGAUGAUGAAAAAAGUUUCGAGGCUGUUACUCCAGAACGACUUGCUGUAGUUGAUCAUGAGAAGGGAAUCACUGAGAAGCACCGGCGUAUCCUAGAAGAUGUUGAUGGUGAGCUAGAGAUGGAGGAUGUAGCUCCUCUUUGCGAAGUUGAAGUGAGAUCCUCCUCUCAUGUUUCAGGAGAUGAUACCAUAGGCAGUACUCAUAAUCAACCUGAUCAGCAUCAUUCAUUGCCCUUUGCUCCUCCACUCCCUGAGGACAGGCCACCAUCUCCACCCCCUUUGCCAUCAUCUCCUCCGCCUUUGCCUCCCCCUUGCUCUAGCGCUCUCUCUGUUGUUUCACAACAUCAACCCGGUUCACAUGCUAUUGCUGAUACUGCUGACUUGCAUCUUUCUAGCACUACCCAUAAUAUGCAAAAUCAACAAUCAGAGUCUUGUCAGCGUCCAAGUACUCUGAGUGCGAACUUGAUGCCCUCAGAGUUGGUUCCGUGUUAUAUGCCUAGAUAUGGAGGUCCUCCAAAACAGUUGCCACCACCUGUCCUAUCUCAUAGUUCUUCUAGUUCUUAUGGCAGCUUUCCUGCUUCUCAUCCAGCUAACAAUUCUGGGAAUAACUUUCAGUCUAUGGUCACUGCCCCUACGUGCAAUAAGACCUAUCACUUAAAGCCACCCCCUCCAACAGUUUCAAAUCAGUUCUCCUAUGUCCAUGCUGAACCGCAACAAAGAGCUCAACCUUGGGGCAAUUGUUCUGCAUUCACUGAGAGGUUCCACUUUGUACAUGAUAUCCAUAGGAGAAACUUCUAUGGUGAUAGAGGUGCAAGGGGACCAGUUCAACAAGAGAUUGUUGAGAGGGGCAGGUUUUCUCCAGCUUUUCAUUCGGGUCCCUCAGUUUCUGAAAAGGUGGAGGCAUCUCCUGUUUCUCUGUCCCACUAUGGUCCACCAUCAGAUCCCCCACCAAUUCCAUGCCCUGGGUGGCCUCCUCAUCCCAGGGUGUCCAGUUACUCUGUAUCUGCUUCAAGAUCACCAAUAGAGAGCCGAGUUUCUCGAGCGGCUGGAGCACCUGGUUACUGGAGACCAAGAUAAGCAUUUUGUUGUCAACAGUUAAUGGUGAAAUUCUUUGAUCUGGGUUCAACAGCAGCUUGCUCAGACAGUUCAGGAAGUAUCUCUUUUUUUUGUUUUUGUAAUGGGAGGAAAUUUCUAUGAGAUGCCUCUCCAUCCAAAUCAGAGCUUAUUCGAGGAGAGAUUUCUGUUUGAGAAUGAGAAAUGCAGCCUGCCUCAUUGUACAUAUGGAUUUUAGUAUUAUUCUGCCAAAGCAGAAGCGGAGAGGCAGUCAUUUGUGGGAAGAGCUGUAUCAUAGCUUUAGACUGUCGUGUGUUAAUCUUUAUUUAUAGGUACAACAGUGUUAGUCCAAUAGUGUUAUUUCUUUUGGAGGUUCAUAAUCCCUUUACCCCUGCAAUUUGUCAUUUUUACAUUGGCCCCGCUUAACUGUAAGGGCUCCCUAAAAAAACAUAAAUUAAUAUAAAUUUUUGAUUCAAGCUCUUA